ACGAAAGUGAAAAAUCAUAUAUAAACCAAAAUUUGCCUCUUUGUUCUAACCCUAGUUGCACUCAUCCCUUUUAUCUCCAUACUGUCUCUUUUUUCUUCGAAUCUUUCCCAUCAAAUCCCUUUUUUCCUCACUUAUCAAUCUUCAUUCUCAUCAUUUUCAUUUCUUCACUAACAUCAGGGAUUCAAACAGGUGAGUUACCACCAUGUCGGAUGAUGAAAGGGAGGAGAAGGAGUUGGAUCUCUCUUCUUCUGAAGUCGUCACCAAAUACAAAACUGCAGCUGAGAUCGUUAACAAGGCUUUGAAGUUAGUUAUAUCAGAAUGUAAACCGAAGGCCAAGAUUGUAGACAUUUGCGAGAAAGGGGAUUCGUUUAUUAGAGAGCAAACUAGUAAUGUGUACAAGAAUGUGAAGAAGAAGAUAGAGAGAGGUGUUGCUUUCCCAACUUGCAUAUCUGUUAACAACACAAUCUGCCAUUUCUCUCCUCUAGCCAGUGAUGAGACAGUGUUGGAAGAAGGUGAUAUAGUGAAAAUUGAUUUGGCUUGUCAUAUAGAUGGGUUCAUUGCUGCUGUGGCUCACACUCAUGUUCUUCAGGAAGGUCCGGUUACUGGACGGGCAGCCGAUGUCAUUGCUGCUGCAAACACUGCUGCUGAGGUGGCCUUGAGGCUUGUAAGGCCGGGAAAGAAGAACAAGGAUGUAACUGAUGCAAUUCAAAAGGUUGCUGCGGCCUAUGAUUGUAAAAUCGUUGAGGGUGUUCUAAGUCACCAACUGAAGCAGUUUGUGAUAGAUGGGAAUAAGGUUGUGCUUAGCAUCACAAAUCCAGACACAAGGGUUGACGACACAGAGUUUGAGGAAAAUGAAGUUUAUGCAAUUGAUAUAGUGACAAGCACUGGAGAUGGAAAGCCUAAGUUAUUGGAUGAGAAGCAAACUACUAUUUAUAAGAGGGCAGUUGAUAAGAGUUACCACUUGAAGAUGAAAGCAUCUAGGUUCAUUUUCAGUGAAAUAAGCCAAAAAUUUCCAAUCAUGCCGUUUUCUGCUAGGGCCUUGGAGGAGAAAAGAGCUCGUCUUGGGUUAGUGGAAUGCAUGAAUCAUGAACUCUUGCAGCCAUAUCCUGUUCUGCAUGAAAAGCCUGGUGAUUUUGUUGCACACAUCAAAUUCACCGUCUUGCUCAUGCCAAAUGGAUCGGAUCGCGUAACGUCUCAUCCACUCCAAGAAUUGCAGCCCACAAAAACAAUUGAAGAUCCAGAGAUCAAUGCCUGGCUAGCCUUGGGAACAAAGACAAAGAAGAAAGGUGGUGGAAAGAAGAAAAAAGGUAAGAAAGAGGACAAGGCUGAUGGGUCAGCAGAAGCUGUGCCAGAGGACUCAACUAAUGGGGCCACACCUCAGGAAUGAUUGAGUUUAUAACACUCCUCAAUCCCAAAAAGGAAAUGUUUUUCAUUUCAUUUUUCUGACACCUUUCAAUUUUGGUACAUUGUUCACUAAAUUGUAUCUGUUUGGAUAUGAAUUUAGUAUAGUGUUUAGACAUCAAUUCCAAUAGCAAUUUUCAUGUGCACAUUUUAGUCCCAAACACAACUUAAAACAGAAAAAGGUUGUUUGGAAAUUAUGUUUGUCCUUUUAUUUUACUAUACAUACAAUAGUGGAACUUAAUUAAUGGGUGCAACAGUGAAAUUAGAAAACAAUUGGUAUA